AUGCUGCGAUUUUCAAGGAAACCUUCGACCAAAGGUAAGGUUAUACUGGACACUGCAUAACAUCUGAUAACAUAUCGCGUUAACAACUUGAUCCUUGCUUGGCUUAACAUGUUUUGCAAUAAUAUACAGCAGCAAAACGGAAGAGAGAAGGAACUUUUCUGACACUCACGACUAAUAAAAUCCUCAUGAAAUUAUUAUUGCAUUUGUACAUAUUUUUAAUUCAUUCCACGAUGCAUUAGUCUGUCAACACAAAACGCUUAGCUUCAGACGACAUCGACGGCGCUUAAUUUAGCAUCAACUGCAGUUUUGCAUUGUCACCUUCAAAGCUUUAAGUCGCCGAUAAUCAUCAAUAUAUGCUUUCCCUACAUAUAUCAUAACGAAGUUGUACAGCUGUUCUCGUUGCAGUUAAACGUUUCCCCUAUUUUGUUCAUGGAUCUUUUAAACUCGAAGCAUCCAAGCACCCGGAAGAAACAGGGACUGGAGACUUAACAAAGUUGGAGACUAAUAUUUAACUCUCUUUCGACUUGUUCUGAAAUAUAUGAAAAGUUGUCUGACAUUUAAAGAACUGAAUCAGAUGUACAUGUACAUUAAUUUUUAUUUUGUACUGAGUGAAGAAUACAUUACCAUACUGAAACGCAAAGGAAAAUUAAAAUGAAAUCAACGAUGAAAAUAAAACCACAGCGUAAACAGCAUUUCUGUGCAUUGUUUUUGUGUUAAACUGUUUACCAGAAUUAACAUGCUCAAACUGAGAUGUUUACCAUGCAAGUAGAUUUGUGACAGGAAUCUACCCCCAUCACCUGCAACUAUUGUUGCAGCCAGUGUAAAGGUGGUGCAGAUUGUAAUACACACGUUUUUUGUAAUUUACCUGGUAUGUUUUUGUAAUUCUAAGUUGCUGUCACACAAGCCAUGAUAAAAAUGAAUUAUCAUAAUAUAUGCUACCCAUACAUAGUAAUCUAUUCCCAGUGGACUCUCGCUUAACAAAGGCCUAGGGACUCAAAAGUUGAGUUACGGGACAUGCGAGUCCACCGGCGAGAAUGCGAAAGGACUAGACCAAGAUAAGAGAAAAAUAGGGGGGAGGGGACAGUCAAACAAACGAACCACAAAGCAAAACAGGUGUAGACCCACCCUACCCCCACCCCCAAAAGGGGCUUUGACGGCUCAUGAAUCCAAUCCUCCCACCCAAACUGGAAAGCACAGAAACACACACCUGACAUAGAGCUCUCGCUAGUAAUUGGUGAGAACUAAGGCCAGUAUUGUGUGAGCGAACACCGGGAAUAGUUAACACAUUAUUUUGUUUGUUACUCCAGAGAGCGCUUUUGCUUUUCUAUUCACAACGUGAUUAUAUAUUUUUACUUGGUAGAUGUCUCCAAGGUCAAAAAGAGACAGGAGAGAAUUGUAUCUUACUCAUAGAUAAUUGUGUUUCCAUUCAUUUUUGUCCGUUGUUUAAAGUUAUUUAUGUUCGUUUUUGGGUAUGAUGAUGUGUGAUUACAAAUUUAAACAAAAGAAAAAAAAAUGUAAACCAAGGACAAAAUUGAACCACAGAAGAAUACAGAUGGAAGCACACAACAGGCAGUGCUGUGCUUUGAGAAGAAAAUGUGGUGGCCAAAAGAGUUACAGUUUUGUUAGUUUGUCACCCAUGUGACACUAACUGUUCUUUUAUAUUUCAGAAAAACAGGGAAAGGGAAAGAGUUCUAAAUCUGGAAAAAGUAAAGGGAAGUCCAAGAAACAGUUAGCUUCUGCUGCUCCAAAUGAUGCUAUAGACAGACAAAAUAACUUAAUUGGAAGUAAGCUCUGUUAUUUCUUUGAUGAAUUGGUAAUAAGCUUAUGCAAGGAGAGGUUUUUGACUGACUCAAGCAUACCGGAAGUGGUAGACUAUUAAUUUGUAUUCUUGGGCUGUGCUUUUGCCCAAGUGUUUUGAGCAAAAUAGUCUCUAUAGCCUGGGGAGGGGGGGGGGUUACUCAAUAUAUCCCUGGGUGGGGAGGUGCGGCGCGGCCCCCUAUACCCUGACCCUGUUUAAGACAAAUAUCGCUGAUUUUCCUAACCUGUUUAAGACAGAAUUCCGAUUUUUGAUACCCUGUUUAAGUCAACGGAAGUCAGUAUUAAUUAACUUUAGAGAUUGUAAAAAUUUUGCUGUUUAUCGUCCAAGAAAAGAUAUCCUGUUUAAGGCAAAAAUUGAUAAAUCGAUACCCUGAUUAAGACGAAAAAUGAUAAAUUCGACACCCUGUUUAAGACAAAAAUCCCGAAAAACAUACCCUGGCUGGCCACACGUCCCCAUUAAGCCCUUAUAAGGGAGUACCCCCCCCCCCCAUACAUUGCUCAAAAACAUCUUUGCUUAAGCUCCCUAUUAUAUUGCUCAGAAUCACAAGGAGACUUGUGGCCAACAGUUAAUGAAAUGCCAAGAAGAUUGUCACAAUUAAAGACUCGACUUAUGCAAUUGAAAAUACAUGUAAGAAAGCCUUAAAAAAAUUCAAGCUAGGGCAAGCCAGGAUUUUUUCAGAGUUUCUUUUCUUAACUUCAUAAGUUGCGUCAUUUACUGCAAUAAUCUUGUUUGCAUUUAUUUCCUCAUUCUGUGGAUCCAUAUGAAAUUUAGAUAUUCCUAAUUUCAACAGCAAAGAUCCUCUCAGAUACAGUCAAACUGCACAAUAUAUAUCUUUAUGUUAACAAAGGAUUUUUUUCUCUUUUUUCCACAGUUCAAGAAUGCAGAAAGCUUUUAUCAAGUGUUUCUGGAAAGAAGUCUGCCAAGGUAUUUACAUUAAUUAAAAAUAAAAGUUGCUCGCAUUUUUCUCUCAUAUCUUUUUCUCAACUGUUUUUAGCAAAACUAUGGUCUGACUGUUGUAUCAAAUUAUUUCAGUGUGUGGCAACUUUUCCAAGAAAGUCGCAGUUAUCCAAGUCUCUGACAGAAGUCCUAAUGGAUGACAGUGUAUUGCCAUAUUUUAUGGAGUACAUGCAAAAACAAAAUGCCAUGAACUUAUUGAACUUUUGGCUAACAGCCGAAACUUUCAGACUCUCAACCAUAAAUCGCUUGAGAAUUAACUCUAUGUCAAGGUUAAAGACAUCAAAAGCAGAGCUGAGUACAAAUACUGAUAUAGACAGAAACAUAACUAGUGCAUUUAAUUCAGAUACUUCACAUACUGGCAGCUCUGUAAAUGAGCAAAGCAAAGACAAUAGUUUAAAGGAAAGUAGGAAUCAACAGCAAAGUAUUGAGAGUGGCAGCAAUGACUUUGGUGACUUCACCAGUUAUGAACCAGAGAGCUCUACAUCAACGGGAAACACAACAGGAAACAAUGGUGAUGUGUUGCUGUUGUGUGACAAGUGUGGUCGCUUUAUUGAAUCAAAUAAGACAUGUGAUCUCUGUGGACAAGGGUUUAGCAACAGUCAAAUGAGUUAUAGAAUCAGUGACCUCUCUGGCUCCACUUCUUCUGUGUCAUCAAGUGCUAUUAUUAGUGCAAACAAUUUACAAAACGGAGUCAAUCAAGAGGAUAUAAUAAAUAGUCAUUCCAAUAUAAACUGUAGUCAAGCAAGUACAGAAUCUGUAGAAGAUUCUGGUACUCUUAAGUCUUCUCGGUCUUCGAAAGUUACAUUUGAUUUAAAGCCGGACUACGAACAUCAACGACGUGAGUUUUGCCGAAGGAGGACAAGAAGUAUUGUCAUUGAUGCUGUGAGUAUUUAUAGCAAAUACAUUUCCCUUGAGGCAUCACAUCCUAUUGGCCUGGAAGAAUCCAUGCGCAGGCAGAUUGAAAGUAAGUGGCCAGACGUGUAGGCAUUUACUUACAUGAAAUGUGAGAUAAACAGGCUUAUAUUUCAUACAUAGUGAAUACUCCUCUUAAAUAUCUUGCUCAUCAAACUUGUUUCAUCUGGCAUAUCUCCCACUGCCCGAGAAAAAGUGAGUUGAAUUUCAGUGCACAAAUUUCUUUCCCCCCACCCUAAUAAACUAAAAGAUGCAGUAAGCCAGAUUUUGGGGCCAUGUGUUAUGCAACAUUUUUCAUAAGGGAUUAAUAUAUUUUUGUGGUUAACCUCAUCACAGUUUCCUUUAAAGGAAAGAGGUGAAUUGUUUCUAAUUUUUCUUCUAAUAAACUAUAAUAUUAUUGAACAGUUAACAUCUGCAGUGAAGACGGAAGAAUUUGUCCAGAUUCCUUUCAGCCAGCUCAGAAGUUUGCUUUUGAUGUAAUGGAAAAGAUGUAAGUUUACCCCUGUUUUUUGCUUACUUCAAUCCAAAAGUUUAGAUCUUGGUAUUCAAGUAAGGUAUACUUUACCACAAGGUACUUUAAUAAAAUUAAUGACUCCUGGUUUUGCGUCAAGGUUGACAGGUGGUGUUAACCAAUACAUGUAUACUGGCUAGCUUGCCUCUGAUUUUUCAAAGCUGUGAUUUGAGCUCUCUGUUCCUCAUUGUAUGUCUUCCUAGUGAGCAUGUUAAAAUUUGCAUGAUUCCCUUCAGUUUUCUGCUCUCCUGAAAUUACAAAACGUUCAUUUCUCAGCUAUUAUGAAACCCUAAGUAUUGGUCCAGUCAUGGGGAUCCAACCCCAGACCUUCCAACCCCUAAACCAUGCAAACUGGAGUGUAUGAAAAAAAGUCCCCAAAAACCAUAGUAUUCUUUACCCUAUUAGAUAUAAUUUAAGUCACUCCACUCACUUUAAUGUUGUAUGAAAUUUGGCUACUCCAGCCACUGACUUUCUUUUCUUCUUAAGGCUCUGAGGUCUCCUAGUCAGUUUGAGAUUCUGUUUCACUAUCAACAUCAAUAGGAUGUUUGAGUUUGCUAUAAGGCUUCCCACAGAUCUUAGCUAACCUUGUUUCACAGAAAAUAAGGUUGGAAUUAGACCCAGUACCCCCCUCCAAAAAAACAUUAAAUUGACACAAUUUGUCCAUUAUGAGGACAAAAAAUUACACAAUUCCUACCAACAUUGUCUGGCAAUUUUAAGACUUUGAAAUUCACUGUGUUAUUUGGAGGCUAAGUCAUGAGACCAUUAGUUGACAGCCCAAACGGUGAGAGUUGGAACCCACUGUCUCCAAGCUCUCUGGAACUGAGCUAGUCCUGCCCAAUCUCAUGGGGAAUAUGAGGGCCACUGUUCUACCAUUCUACAGAGACCAUUAGGUGCUAUAUCCUCAUAAAAAUGCCAUGUCACCAUUCUUUGUUGUGCCUCUCACAAGUUUGCUCACACAUACAUGUAGAAACCAGAGAAUUACAAAUCGUGCAGCUGUAAGCCACUUAUAUUUCCACUUAUGUCAGCAAAUCCUUUACUGAGCAACAGUUUUUGCAAGCAUAUGAGUUAACCCUUAGAAGUUGAAAAAGCUGUUUAAAUUCACCUUUUGUGUAAAGCUUGAUCACAGAAUGCUAAGCAUAUGUUAAUGAAGGGUAAAAAAUGUAAACAAGGAUUUGCCUAUAGCUGAAAAGGCAUCUUGAAAUGGUACUAUUCUUCCCCUUCCCCCCCCCUUCCCUCUUUAGAGAAGUGCACAUGUCAACUGAAAUAAAAUAGAUACAACUCAAUUACACUGUGUUCAGAGAUUCUCCAUGGGCUCAUAUGAAUCAGGUCAUAAUUAAUGUAUGAUCAUCCCAGAGUUCCACCACAUUAGAGAGGUUCACUAUUUGUUAAGCACAAUAAACUUUGUUAACUGUACUUCUUUCUCUUUUUUUUAGGUAUUUCCCUACUUUUCUUGGGAGUUCACAUUAUUGUAAACAUCAAAUUGAUAUUCUGACAAGUGGGAAAGUGUUUCUCUCUGAUAUUCUGUACAAUCAAAAUGCUAUGUUUUACUUCAUGGAGGUAAGAACUAUAUUAUUUGUUGCAAGAUAAUUUACUUCAUUUCUGUAACUACACCAUGUAUAUAAAAGAAGUCAUUCUCAGAUACAAACUGUCGUGAUUUUGAGAAACAGAUUACUGUUGACGUUCUCUCAAUGGACACCUCUAUAAGACGGACAGCUGUUAAACAGACACCUAAAGUUGGUCCCUGUCUUUCUUUACUACUUUUAUUUGACUCGCUAUAAGACGGACACCUACAGUUGAUCCCUGCCUUUCUUUACUCCUUUUAGUUGACUCUCUAUCAGAUGGACAUCUCUCUAAAAUGGGCACUUAGUCCCGGUCCAAAAGGUGUCCAUCUUACAGAGAGUUAACUGUAUCCUAGCCAUGAUAACACAUAUUUGAAGACUUACUACAGACUGAGAAUUUGAAUGCUGAUUGCUACCUUUUUAGCAUCUGGAGCAGGAAGGUGUCCAACACAUGCUAGAGUUUUGGUUAACAGCUGAUAAUUUCCAGUGUCACCUUAAAUCACAACUGGAAAACAAUGAGUACAAUGCACAACAUGCCUUGGAGGAUGCAAUGAUCAUUUAUGAUAAGUAAGUCAGCAAAGUUGUGUACAAUAGCCCAGGGCUAUAUAGUGGAUUUUGUUAUUGGGUUAAUAAAUUCUGUUCUCGACUUGCCUGACAGGCAAUUGAAGUUUUUUGGAGUAAUUCAAAUUACAGAAGUACUGUAAGAUUAUUCCAAUCAAUUGAGGUUUCUGAGUAACAGACCACCUACCCCUUCCCUAAGUUAUUAUUAUUUCAAUGACUUAAUAUUUAGCAAAAAAAUUAAUUAACAUAUGGUGUAAUUAAUAAACGAAUAAUAAUAAUGGUGAUGAAAAUAAACAUUAAAUGUUGCGACUUAAUUGACCAAUCAGCUCAAUAACCAGAGAUUAUUACCAUUAACUGAUCAAUGUGAUGCAACUCACUUUGACUCUGAAGAUGACUACUGGACAGGUUGUCAAAACAUCAGACAACAGUCCUAUUCAGGACUAUACUCACCUGAACAAUCAUAUUCCAUCUACGGGAGACUCCCGAUAAUUCAAACCCUUAAGGUAAAUAGAAAAAAGUUCGAGUUAUCGGGAGUUUGAGUUAUUGAGGGUAAAACUAUAAGGAAAAUGAUCUGAGGGGAAAUGAAAAUUACUUCGAGUUAACGGGAGGUUCGAGUUAUAGAGGGUUCGAUGAGUUACUGGGAGUCGACUGUAGUUAGUAAAUGUAAAUUUAGAAAACUUCUGAUUAAUUAAUCUCAUUAUUUCUAGGUAUAUAUCUAUGCAAGCAAGUGUGCCUCUGGGGGUGGAUGAUAUCACAAGGAUUGAAAUAGAGAAUAAGAUCUGUCGUGAAGGUGGACCCCUUCCUGAUUGCUUCUCAUGUCCGAUGGAACAUGUCCUUUGUCUUCUUGAGGAGGUAAUAUCCUCUUUUAAUCAGAUUAUGAGAAUCCCUUUAGUCAGAGUAUCCUAGAAAAAUGCAUGUGGUGUUAAUCUGUUUAAAGACUAUAGACUACAGGGCUGCCAAUAAGUUUGCGUUUUAGAAAUGAUUUGUUUGUCGACCCAGGUCACCAUUUUUUCUUGGCCAAAUCAUAAAGGUUGUUGAAAUUACAUUAUAUUCAGGGUUUUCUGCGGGCUCAGUCCUGUAACCAGGGAAAAUCACUGUUUGGUGGUCACAGAAGGGCAAAUAAUUGGUAAGUGGCUCAAAGGACAUAGAUCCACAUGGGUGGUUAUGGGCAGUUCAGGACUAAAUGGAUUAAAGCUCCCCACCUUAUAGUGUCCUAUCACCUGACAUAGGAAGUUGCAAAAAGAGUACAUUGAACUUUUUUACAGUUAAAUGUAUCAUAUUCCACAUCCGUCUUACUUCUAAUUUCAGGUGUUUUUUCCAAGUUUCCUCCAAGGUGAGGUGCACUUUAAAUACCUCACCGAGCUGUUAAACUCUGUAAGUGAACGGCGUAAUUCCCGGACCCUUUCAGCCUCUGUUGGCAGUGUUGAUGAUGUACAGAAUCUGGAGGAAAACAAUCGCUUAGUCAGGUCUUCAUUUGGAUCGGAUUUGGAUCUCACAGAACAUCCAGAUGCAAUUUGGCAAAGACCUAAUGCUGGGUAAGUUCUUAGAGGAAAUUUGUGCAAAACCACAACAUCUUGGAUAAAUUCUGUCUCAAAUUUAAAAAAUAAGAAAAUUCAAGAAAUGUACAUAAAAUUGCACCACUUGUUUUCUUGUUUUCAUUUAAGAACUUAAUGUCUAACUUGGACUUCUCAAAUUUGACAUUUUCAUUGCAAAAAUACAUGUAAAUACAUUUUGCUUAGUUUUAACAUCAUUAUGUAAUAAUCUUGUGAUCUACUCGUAGUUUUAAUAAUUUUUAACUGUAUAUAUAUUUUUUUAUAUAGGUUUUAUGAGAAAUCUUCUCUUUCUAUUAUUAUUUCUAGUUUAUUUAUUUAUUUUUCGUGGCAUGUCUGUAAAGUAGCUAAUUAGCUAAGAACAUUGACCAUGUUAAAUAAAGGGUAUUGUAUUGUAUUGUGGUAGUGUGUUGUAAAUGUCCAUUUUUUAGUCAGGUUUCUCAAUAAUGACCUUGGAUGUCAAAAAUGUUUUGUUGACUAACUGGUUAAUUAUCAGAGGGUAGAAAAUGCUAUAACUUAAUACUGUCUACUAUAUAGGGAUAUCUUUUUACUGUACAGUAUCAGUGUUAUUUCAUUAUUUGUACCUGUGAUUUAUUUUAUUGCAGACCCUUGUCGCUGGGAAAAGUUAAUGAGUUUGGGAUUUUUGAACCAAUUUUUGAGCCUGAACCAGACAGUGGAAAUGGCAUCUCUACAGGUACAUUUCCAUAGGCGUACAUGAUGAGUGAAUUAUCUACUAUAUUUUUCAAUUAAAUGCACCUGUUGCUUAUUUGAAACUUUGGGUAGGGAAACCUGGCCUCAUUUGUUUAAACAUUGGAUAGCGCUAUCCCCCAGAUAAAUAACUUUCCAGUGGAUAAGUAUUAGGGAAACCAACUGCACUAUCUGCUGGAUAGAAAUUUAUCCAGUGGAUAGCGUUAUCCACCUUUUGAACAACAGGGGCCAGAUUAUUUGGGCCUGCCAAGAACUGGCAAAUCUAGUAUUAAAAUCCUUAUACUACUACAUUAGAAAUUUCCGCAAUUUGAUUGGCAUAGAGCAGUGGUAUUUCAGCUUAAUUUGAAAUACCUACAAGUAAAAAUCACAAACCCUUUGCAGGUAGUAGUAUGAACGUGAUAUUUGGCAUAAAUACCACUCGUGAUAUGUCAAGAUUGUCUCAAAUUUCACUCACCUAACGGCUCGUGAAAUUUGGUAUAAUAAUUUUGAAAUAUCACGCAUGGUAUUUAUGCCAAAUAUCACUACAAAUCAUGCUAUUACCACUACAAAUCUUUAUCUAAAUCUAUUCUCCUUUCUUAAAAUUCUGAAAAGAAAAUGUUUAUUGCAUAAUAAUAUUACCUUUAAAGAAAUACUAAUUGUAAGUUUGUAUAGGUAAUAGCAUGAUUAGUGGUGACAUUUGGCAUAAAUACCACAAGUGAUAUUUCAAAAUUUGUUAUACAUAAUUUCACGAGCCCUCAGGCGAGUGAAAUUUGAGACAAUUUUGAAAUAUCACGAGUGGUAUUUUUGCCAAAUAUCACGUACAAGUCAUGCUAUUAUUUGUUAAUACUACUAGGCAUUUCAAAUUAAGCUGAAAUACCACUGCUCUUAGCCAAUCAAAUUGCAAAAAUUUUACAUGUAGUAGUGUAAUCCUUGGAAUGGCCACUCCAUAAAAUUUCAUCUGCAGUGUUAAAAGUCAGACCUAAUUUAUACAAUUAAUUUAUACAUGUUAAAUGCUAAUAGCUUGAAAAUAAACCGAACUAUAUGAGUGAAAGGGUUAAUUGAUAGAGUUAUUUCUGUCGUGGUGGUUACCAGUUGUUCUUUUUUUCCUUUAGCGGCUAAACUGGGAAAAGCCAUGAGAAAGUUGGUGUCCGGAGUAGAAGACAAGGUAUGACUUUCACAUCCUGGUAAUUAAUACUGCAAAAGAAAGAUAAAAUGCCACUGAAAUAGUGGGCCAUUUCUGAGUUCCAAAAACUCUCACUUUUAAGUGCUUGUGAAAAUGAAUUUCAUUUGCAUGAGAAUCACAUCAGUAGCUGCACACUUAGACUCGCUUUAAAACAGAGGCUUGGGACAACUUUGAAGUAGCCUUUACACAUCCUUAUGUUGCGCUCGAGUCACACAUGGAGCAUUGCAUGACUCUGGCGCGAGUGACUGCAAAGGUGCCUUGAAGACAGAUGGCUUUUCAGUAUUAGCUGAGGUAUAGCCUGCGUGGCAGGCAUUAAAAGGGGAAGGGGAAGGGGGAAUUUGGGUGCGCAAGAGUAUGGUCUCGCACCCUAAUUCCCUUCCCCUUCCCUUUCGAACACCUGCCACGUGGGCUGGCUGAGGUAAGAUUCAGUUGGACCAAAUUGCUCCACAUCUUAGGAAAAGUAAUGAUUUCACCUGGACAGUUGUCAUGCUUAUUAGCCUACAUAAUUUCCAUUUCAUAUACAUAUUAUAGAUUGUCUUUUACUUUCCCUGUCACGAACUUGUUAAAGCUUUGUAUUUAUGAUUUGAAAAUUUGUUUCUGUUUUUAUCAAAGUCUGAUUUGUUUGACAUUGUCUUUUUUUCCCUUUGUAGGCAAAAGAAGAAAUGGCCUGGAAAAUUGCUAAAAUGAUAAUCGAAGAUGUAAAGAACGAGCAAGCAAAACCUCUUUAAAGAUUCAUAAAUAACCAGGUUAGUAGCAUGUCUACAGCUGUUCCCUCCCCUUAAAAAAAAAUCGGGGGAGGGGGUGGCUGUACACAGGCUACUGGGUCAUCAAGCUCAAGGAUUUGCAGACAGCAGACCUCAGAUUAAUGAGUCAAAUUCAACGCUUUAUUAAAAAUAAUUGGGAAAGGGUUAAACAAAAAAUCUUCCUUUUUAUAGCAGAGAGACGCCUGGGUAGUGGAAUGGGAUGCUUAAUUAAUGCUGUAAGUCCUAAGAGUGACCAACAUCAAUUUUCUCCCAUCAGUAUUAGGGAGUAUAAGUAGCGGAACGGGAACCGGAAGUGAUCCUUUUUCUCCUUUAAUAUUCCUUGAUGCUACCAUACUUGUAUUGCUAAGUGUCUUUACUCUUACAGAGACGAUUUGCCAAAGAAUUUGUUCAAAAUCACGGCCGAAGAGUUCAACAAGUCAACUUCCGGUUGACGUGCAUGGCUCAAAAACGUCGUUGCUUAAACUCCCUGUUAAUACACGAGCAAAAGGAAAAGUCACCUCUUGAACACCGAGGAGAAAGUGCUUUGUUCUGUUAACAAAUUCUCUCAACUGAUUCUUUAAGAAACUUUAUGGAGGUCAGUUUGGAGAAAUUUUAUGUUGAUAUUGUGCCGUGAAGGGUUAUGAGGUAUAUAGCAUGAAUAAGAAUGAAGAGCAGUGCUCUGUGUGAACAGAUCCAGUAGCUUUCCUAGGCAUUCUCAUCUUGACUCGAUGUAAUUCUCCCUUCUUGCUCCAGAAAUCCCUUCUUCUUAUCCAGCUUUGUUCUGUAGGUGAUCCUGCCUCCGAGACUUAUUCUCUUGCCUCAUAUUAGUCAUGCGCUACUGCCAAAGUUAGUAAUUAGUUGACGUAAAAAGGAUUUCUGGAUUUCAUUUUUUCCAGUGUUGCUAUCUUAUCAGCUCUGUAGAAUGAAUAGAUCACAUUUUAAGCUCGAUAUGUGUAACAAUACCAAUAGUACAGUGGAACCUCGAUUUAACAAAGGGCUAAGACACUGACAAAAUUUGUUCACUAUAACGAGGCUUCAUUGUAUCGAGGUUCUUUUUCAUCUAUUUUACUAUUAUUGGGGUAAAGAAGAUCGUUCGUUAUAUCGAAAAUUUCGUUAUAGAGAGGUUCGUUUUAUGGAGGGUCCACUGUAAUUCUAAGUACUGUACAAAUUUGUACAUGAACCCCAGUCUAUCCAAAAAAAGAGAUGCCAAGGAAUUGAUUUAAGCUGCGCGGUACUGAAUAGAUACAGAUGUACAAUGCAGUGACAACCCAUGGUGUAUUUCAUGUAUGGAUAUUGCCCCAAUAUAAGGUUGAAAGUAAGAAACUGCGAUGUAAAAACUUAAGGGAUAUUCUAACCGAUAAAAUACCAAAAAGAAGGCUGUAGAGAUAGCAAUAUAAGUAGGAUUCGCACACACCUUGUAAGUCGUUUAAAAUUGCAGUCGGUGGUGGAAGUCCUUGAAUUUUGGUGCUAAUUUUGUCCAACCCGGAUUGUCAAGUACCUAAAAGGGGCAAACAGAAAGAAUUUCAGGAUAAAAUUGUUCAUGUUGUGGAAGAACUAAAAGGGAACAAAUACUCAAGGCUUUUUUUUUGUGCAUUGAAUGGAGUCCUUGAAAAAUGGGUAAUGUGUUCUGAAAGUCCUUGAAUUGAAAAAUCCUUGAAUUUUUUGUUAAAAAACGGGUACGAACCCGGUAGAAGGUUAUGUAAGUUUACAAAGACUUAAGUUAAUUACAUAUGUUUCUGUACAGGUUGUAAUGCGUUCUUCAGAUGUCAAUAGUUUUUGAAUGCAGUCAAGUCUUGGCAUCCUGUAGAAUAACAGUAAUGAACUAGUUCUGCUUAAUUGCGCAGUUUUAUCACCUC